AUGUUCCGCCAAACCGCUCUUCUCGCCCUUGCUCUCCUUCCCUUCUCUCUCGCCCAAGUCUCUGAAGACUUCGAAAACGGAUGGGACCAAACCGCAUGGCCUAUCUACGCACCCGACUGUAACUCGGGCGGCGUUGUUACCCUUGACAAUACCACCGCCCACAGCGGCACAAACUCUAUGAAGGUUGCUGGUGCUGGUGGUUACUGUGGACACAUUUUCUUUGGCACGACGAGUAUCCCUAGCGGUGACGUUUACGUACGGGCCUAUGUCAAGGCCACCACGGCUCUCACCGCCUCCCACGUAUCCUUCAUCACUAUGCCUGACUCAGCCCAAGGCACCAACAAGCACCUCCGCAUUGGUGGCCAGAGCGAGAUCUUGAUGUACAACCGCGAGAGCGACGAUGCCACUCUUCCAGACCUCUCGCCAGACGGCAUUGCCACCUCCACCGCGCUACCCACCAGCGUCUUUGAAUGCUUCGAGUACUACCUAGGGACCGAUGGCACCAUUGAGACUUGGUUGAACAACAGCACUAUUGCUGGUCUGGAUAGCGGGCCGGGUAUCACCAACGCCAACGACGCAGGAUGGACAAGUAGUACCAUUAUUCCUAAUAUUACCGCCGUCUACUUUGGAUGGGAGUCGUACGGUGGGGACGUCAAUACCUUCUGGUAUGAUGACAUUGUCGUUAGCUCAAGCCGUAUUGGAUGUUGA